ACACCGGGUCCCUGCCCUCCGUUCAGCGGUAGCAGAGGGCUUGUUUUCCCGCACGCUGUUGAGUACUACUAAUGGAAACCUCGGCGUUUCUGCCAUUUCGUGUGUGUGUGCAGCAGUCCUCCCCAGCUGAACAGCCGAGAGUAAACCAGGACGCUGCUGGAGCGCUCAGCCGCGGAUCCGGACACCAUCAUCAUGAAGUUUGCGGUCCUCCUCCUCCUGUGGAUGUCCUGCCCGCUGUCCCUCGCCAACAUCGCCGCUCCAAAUGAGUUUGUAUCUUUGGCAGAGAUGGAGGAUGCCCUGCUGAAGAACCUUUUCCAAGGCUACCAGCGCUGGGUCAGACCAAUCCAGCGUGCCAACGACACUGUUAAAGUACGCUUUGGACUCAAGAUCUCCCAGCUGGUUGAUGUGGAUGAGAAAAACCAGCUCAUGACAACUAAUGUUUGGCUUUGUCAGGAGUGGAUCGAUUACAAACUCAGAUGGAAUCCAGAGAAAUAUGGAGGAAUCACCUCCAUCAGAGUUCCUUCUGAAAAUAUCUGGCUCCCAGACAUCGUCCUCUAUGAGAAUGCUGAUGGGCGGUUUGAGGGGUCCCUGAUGACCAAAGCCAUUGUCAAGUUCAACGGUACCAUCACCUGGACACCACCUGCAAGUUACAAGUCCGCCUGCACCAUGGACGUCACCUUCUUCCCUUUUGACCGCCAGAACUGCUCCAUGAAGUUUGGCUCCUGGACCUAUGAUGGCAACAUGGUGGACCUGGUUCUGAUGGACGACCAGGUCGAUCGGAAGGACUUCUUUGAUAAUGGUGAAUGGGAAAUCCUGAGUGCCACUGGUGCCAGAGGGAACCGGAAGGACGGCUUGUAUUCAUACCCCUUCAUUACGUAUUCCUUCAUUCUGAAGAGGCUACCGCUGUUCUACACACUCUUCCUCAUCAUCCCUUGUUUGGGUUUGUCCUUUCUGACUGUCUUGGUGUUUUACCUCCCCUCAGAUGAGGGAGAGAAGUUGUCACUUUCUACCUCUGUCCUUGUGUCGCUGACUGUGUUCCUCCUGGUCAUAGAGGAGAUCAUCCCCUCCUCCUCCAAGGUGAUCCCGCUCAUUGGAGAAUACCUGCUCUUCAUCAUGAUAUUUGUCACACUCUCAAUCAUCGUCACUGUCUUCGUCAUCAACGUCCACCACCGCUCCUCAGCCACCUACCACCCCAUGUCGCCAUGGGUUCGUAAUCUCUUCCUCCAGAAACUGCCAAGGUUGCUCUGCAUGCGUGGACACAUUGACCGUUACCACUACCCAGAGCUGGCUCCUGAAAGCCCCGAGCUGAAGCCUCGCUCUGGAGGUCGGAAAGGAGGGCAGAAGAGUGGAGCCCACGGACAGGCGACUUCUGAGGGUAAGGAGGACGAAGCCUGGGCGACCAUGUUGGAGAAGGCCAUCUAUUCAGUACGGUACAUCAGCAGACACAUCCGCAAGGAGCACUUCAUCCACGAGGUGGUACAAGACUGGAAGUUUGUGGCCCAGGUAUUAGACAGGAUCUUCCUGUGGGCUUUCCUCACUGCCUCAGUACUGGGCACCAUCCUCAUCUUUACUCCAGCUCUGCAGAAGUUCAUGAAAAUCCCUCCUCAAACUGCAACUGAGGAUCCACCUUCAAACUAGAGGCAAUAACACACCCACUUUCACGGGCAACUGAUGAUCCACCUUCACAAAUAUGUAAAACAUUUCUUACCACAGAGCAAGAAGCUCCUACAGGUGCUUUAUAAAGGUGAACUUUGACUCUUUGACUUUCAUUUAGCUAUCUUCAUUUAGUUCUCUUCUCUAGAUCCACUGAAUAAAAUGUUUUGUAUGCCAUUAAGUCAGUAUGUGUACAAUUCUAUUUGAUUUUACUAUAAUGCCAUAAUGUUGUUUAUAGAAAAAUGAAACAAACGUAGAGAAACUUGCAGUUGAGCCUGUUUAUUGCCAGUCAUAAAAUUUCAAAUUCUUCAUAGUGGCUUUAAGUAGCAUGCAGUUGUUAGUACGCUAGAAUACACAUCCCGAUCAUAAUAGAAAACUAUUUAAGAUGAAACUAAAUGAAACUUUAAAAAUGUGUAAAAAGGAGUAAAAUAACCCAGACAACUUCAUUCAGCAUUAAGUUAAACUAUAAAAACAUACUCCAAAUUAUAUUAUUGGAUUGAUUAAUGUACUGAUGAUUUAAUACUGUUGAUUUCCUUAUUGAUUAGUCUUUCUAAUUGACAUUGCCUUUGACUUUGGUGUAUGUGGUGGAUUUAUUUUCUUUAAUUGUCUCACCUGGCUGCAAAAUAAAUUUCCUG